GCACGACCUGCUUCCCGGCCCCGGAUGCGAGAGAUGCUGACUAUGGUUACCUAAGCAUGGUCAGGGAAAGCGCCGCCGGGGAAUCUGCACAUGCUCAGAGUGAGCACCAUGGAGAUUGUCUACGUUUAUGUGAAGACGCGCAGUGAGUUCGGUCGACAAUGCACCUUUUCGGACCGGAUGGCAGAGGUCAAUGUGGACAUUCAGCCAGAUCCACUGCAAGCUACAAAUUUUAUUGAAAGAGACCCCAUUGAUACUGGAGUGCAGUGUGCCGGUGAUAUGUCAGAGCAUGAGGUCAACACAGAAAGGUUUGAAAUGGAAACUCGGGGCAUCAACCACGUGGAAGGCGGCUGGCCUAAAGAUGUCAACCCCUUGGAAAUGGAACAGACCAUUCGUUUCCGCAAGAAAGUUGAGAAGGAUGAGAACUACAUCAACGUCAUUACUCAGCUGGGCAGUCAAAUGGAUCACUGCAUCAAGCAGAACAAUGCCAUCAAUAUCUAUGAGGAGUACUUUGAGGAAGAGGAGUUGGCAGGAGUUACGGAUGAGGCUCCAUCAGCAAAAACUAUCAAUGUUUUCAGGGACCCAAACCCAAUCAAAAGAACAGCCACACAUCUCUCCUGGCACCCCGACAGAAGCCGGAAGCUGGCGGUCUCUUACGCCAGCCUAGAAUUCCAGCGGAGUUCAAAAGACAUGAGCUAUGAUUCAUACAUAUGGGAUCUUGAAACCCCCAACAAACCAGAACUUGUUAUCCGGCCAUCCUCACCUUUGGUGUGCCUAGAGUACAACCCAAAAGACUCGCAUAUCCUGAUUGGAGGAUGCUACAAUGGGCAGAUAGCUUACUGGGACACUCGGAAAGGAGGACUGCCAGUGGAACUGACCACAGUCGAGCUUAGCCACCGAGAUCCUGUGUAUAAUGCUAUCUGGCUGCAGUCAAAGACUGGGACCGAUUGUUUCUCUGGCUCCACCGAUGGGCAGGUUCUGUGGUGGGACAUUCGUAAACUAGCUGAACCAACUGAAAUACUAGUGAUGGACAUCAGUAGGAAAGGAAUCUUGGAAAAUGCUUUAGGAGCCAUUGCCCUGGAAUUUGAGCCAACCAUGCCCACCAAGUUCAUGGUGGGAACAGAGCAAGGGAUUGUGAUUUCCUGUAACCGCAAAGCCAAGACUGCUGCUGAGAAGAUUGUCUGCACGUUCAGUGGGCACCACGGCCCAAUCUAUGCCUUGUCGAGGAAUCCUUUCUACCCCAAGAACUUUUUGACCGUUGGGGACUGGACGGCACGCAUUUGGUCAGAAGAGAGCAGAGAAUCGUCGAUCAUGUGGACUAAAUACCAUAUGGCAUACCUCACAGAUGGGUGCUGGAGCACCACUCGGCCAGCUGUCUUCUUCACCACCAAGAUGGAUGGCACCCUUGAUGUCUGGGACUUCCUCUUCAAACAGAAUGACCCUACACUCAACUUGAAGGUCUGUGAUGACCCUCUCUUCAGCCUACGUUUACAGGACAAUGGGCGUUUUAUUGGCUGUGGCUCCAAACUGGGUACGGUGACACUGCUGGAAUUUUCCUCUGGCCUAUGUACCUUGCAACGGAAUGAGAAGAACCUGGCUUCCGCAAUGUUUGAGCGGGAGACGAAACGAGAGAAGAUUCUGGAGGCCCGCCACCGCGAAAUGCGUCUUAAGGAGAGGACCAAGACAGAGAGCAAGGAGGACAGGGGCAAAGAGGACAUAGACGAGGAGAAGCCGGAGGAGAUCCUGGAACGAGUGCAGAAGGAGUUCUUUGACGUCAUCGAGGGAGAGCUCAAGCGCAGGGAGCGAGCUAAAGCCAAGCACAAAACUGGCGAGGACCAGGAGCGGACAUAUGACGAAGAAGAUGAUGAACCAAUCCUUCCUAAGGAGGAAGAGGAAGAGGAAGAAGAAGAAGAAGAAGAGUGAAUGGGGAACCCUGAAAUUCCUGCAUGGAAUUUAUAUGCCUUCCUGUUUGCUCUUUCUAUCAUUUUUUUUUACACAACAGACUCUAUCAAUAAAUGUAGCAACAUUUUUUUUUGCACUU